CAAGGGAAAAAAAAAAUUAUAUAUAUGUGGAAUAUGUUUCCUAGAAUAAAGGGCUGGUCCCCAAAUGGUCUAGCAUUGUCCAUGGCAUGGUCUUCGAGGGUUCUCAGGCCAAGACACAGUCAAUUUGACUGUCAAAACCUCUCAAACUUGGCUUUAUGAUCCAUGCUCAUGGCCACGGCUAGACCAACCACCACUUGUGCUUUUUUGUCCCCCUACUCCUAAGACUAUGGAGGUACAUACAAAAAACCCAACACAACCUCUUCACCUAAAAAACAGACCAAACAACAUUGUAUAAAUAAUACCCAUUUCAAUUCCAAAUUUAGUCACUAAAAAAAGAAAAAAAAUUCCAAAACCUUCAAAAAUGCCGAGCUCAAAUUACUUAUUCAUUCAUGUAGUAAUCCUCAUUUUCUUCCUAUCUUUCUCUUUCUCACUUGCUCACAACAAAAGCCGCAAGAGCAUUCCAUCUCCCAGACAGAACAAUAAUGUUGAUUACAAAGGUUGUUUCUCAAAAAUCUAUGCUUUUGGAGACUCCUAUACUGACACUGGCAAUGCUCACUCCAUAGGUGGCCUCAAAUCCUUUCUUGGUCAUGCAUUUGCCUCAAGAUCAUUCUAUGGUUCAACAACUAAUUUGCCUGGCCAUAGACUUUGUAAUGGAAAAUUGGUCAUUGAUUUCCUAUGUGAAUCUCUCUCCAUACCCCAUUUGCCAUCUUAUGAGUUAGGCACUUCCUUCUCCAAUGGUGCAAACUUUGCCAUCGCCGGAUCAACGCUUCUUUCCACCGACUUCUUUGGCCAUCUCAAAAGGAGUCACUCCCUCAUGUGGAAACGAAACCCAGUGAGUAUCAAGACUCAGAUAGAUUGGUUCAACAAGUUUCUUAUAGAUGUUGAAUGCAAGUCAAGGGGAGAAAAUGAAUGCAAAGUCAAUAUGAAUGACACUUUAUUCUGGAUUGGAGAGAUGGGAGGCAAUGACUAUGCUCGCAUAUAUGGAUCUCCAAUUGCCUCUCGGCUACUAACCGAGGUAGCUGUUGGUAAUAUCUGCUCAUUUCUAACGACAUUGUUGGACAAAGGAGCCAAAUAUGUAGUGAUUCAAGGGCUACCCCCAACAGGUUGUCUUCCAUUAGACAUGUCUUUGUGUCAAUUGACAGACCGUGAUCAAAUGGGUUGUUCAGCAAGUGCAAACUCCGUGAUAAGAGCUCAUAAUGAGCUUCUCCAGAAGAGGUUGAUAGAAAUUCAAAAUAAACGCAGUGAUUGUAUGAUUGUAUAUGCUGAUUACUGGAACGCUUACCAAACCAUUUUGAAUAAUCAUAAAAAGUACCAAUUCGAAGAGCCAUUCAAAGCAUGCUGUGGAGCUGGGCAAGGAGCUUUUAACUUUGAUUUGGAUACCCUUUGUGGAUCUGCUGGUUCAACAACCUGCAGAGACCCCAACAAAUACAUUAACUGGGAUGGUGUUCACCUCACGGAAGCCAUGCACCGAAACCUUGCUGAUCUCUUCUUCCACCAAGGCUACUGCAAGCCUUCAUUCGAUCAGCUGAUUCGAAAGAAGAAAGGCAUACAGUGAAGGCUUUGCUGUUUGCCUGUUUCCCUCAGGAUUUAGAUGUAGCUCCAGAAGGAUGAAUCCAAGAGCUGAAGAAUAAAUUUUCUUCAUUAUUUUUUUCUUUUUGUUUUUCUCUUGAUGUAAUUGAUAUUCAUCUACCCUCUAAAGAAUCAAAAUCCAUUUUUCUUUAUUUAUUUAGUU